CUAAUGUGAGGGGUUGGGGAUUGGUUGCACUUCUCAGGAAGGACAAAAUCUUCACAGGCUCUGGGGAUCUCUGCCCAAAUGACCCCAAACUUCCCCGAUCAACCCUUAGGCACACUUCAACUUUGCUUUGCUUUGGUUACAGUAUUCUCUACUGAGACUUCAGGGUCACUGAAGAAAGUGAGUGGAUCUGACCAGGGAAGAGAACCAACAGACUCCACCAGUAUCCCAAUGACUGGCUUCACUGGAAGAGAUUCCAUUACAGACACUGAAACAGACAUACGUGCCAUGGAGACAACUCCAAGAGCCACAGUCACUCAAGCCCCACUUCUCACUGCGCCCACUGAGCAGGUGACCUCAUCCCUGGGAUGCACAAGAGAACUGUGUCCUCUCCCACUUCACCCUUAGCUCCAAGUGAGAUAUCCUCUGGAGUCACCAUGGCCAUUGCAAGGCCCUCACUCUACAUGACUCCAGUAGAACCCACAGCUAGCCCUGGCUCCAGUAGUCCCUUAAACAUCAGCCUAUCUGGGACAAUGUUUUCUACACCCCUUGCAGAAACACCUAUAGCUGAAAUAACUCUUGGAGAGAGUUCUAGCACCCCCCUCUUCUCUAUGGUCCACUCCAGUUGAUUCUUUCAAUAUUGUUGUCUUGGUCCCAGGAACUGAAAUCACCUCCAUUGUGCCUCUAUAUUCACUUCCAACAGCCUCAAGUGCCACAGAAACCACACCAAAUCCUGAAUUGUCAGUGAGACCUACCACACUAGAGCCAGGCUUAGCUGCCCUAACUUCCACUGCUCCCAGCAUCUUUCCAACACCGUCUGGAGAAGACACAAACACCUCAUUGGUGUCUAUAGAAGGACCAACAGAAGAUAAAACAGUGUCCAGCACCUUCCCAGCGAAUGCAGACACCCCUGGUAUCACUCACAGGGAGCACUUCUUCACAGGUCCUGGAAUAACUUUUCAACCUGACAUGGCCUCUACUUCUCUGCCCAAUUUAAGUGAAGGGACCAGUUACUCCAAAACUGUCCCCUCACCCCCUUUAGAGAGUAGGAAAAGCACUGCCAUGGUUGGAGUCCAGAUAAGCCUAGCUGAACUUCUCACUCCAGAGUCCAAGAAGCCCACCCCUGCUGAGGGUUCACUCUCUGUUGGACCAGUGACUGAAUUUAGCAGCAGGGAAAGUGUACAUUUACAGAAUAGCUUGGCCCCCAGCAUCACCCCAGAAUGGGAGACCAGUAGACCAGGCAGGACUACAGAGUCAGAUAUCAGCACACUCAUCCCUGGCAAUUUUCAUCCUUCUGAGGGCACUGCUGACCUCAUAUCAAGCCCAGUGGAAGACUCCAGCCCAAAGCCAGCUGUCUAUACCUCUCCACCCCACACCUCAGGUACUACAGGGACCAGGAUUGGAGACGAGACAGACUCAUCCUUGGUGUUGACUACACCAGCACCUGCUGUCGCUAUCAGCAGCAUCUCUGGGGCUCUCCUUGGUACAAGAACAGUGGUUCCAUGGUCUUCGAAUUCAGCUGAAGCUACAGAUCUUACCAUGAAUCGCCUUGAUCCUAUAUCCAUGUUGCCAUCCAAAUUCUCCACUUCUUCUCCUGUAACAUUUUCAGGGGUUACUUACAAGACUGAAGACAAGAGCUCCAAUGUUCCUGGGACUGACAGCAUAAGUAUCAUCUUCAGCAGCAAGGUCACAGACAGGGUCUCUCUCCAUCCUGAGAUCACUGCUAACCAAAAUCUACUGGGCACAAUGGAAGAGAGCACAGGUGCUUUGCUGACCCCUUCUUUGCCUGGACCUCCUGGGUCUUCAGCUGCUACUAUGGGAGGUGUAUCAAACAUGUCAGGUACCAAUACUGGCUCAACUCCACAGGUGACUUUAGCUUAUGAAAUCUUAACUAGAGACUUAGAGAAGACCUCAGACUUCCCACUGGCCACAGAAAAUACAGCUAAGACUGUCCCAGCCAAGAUGAUGGGUGACAUCUCCUUUGCUUUCACAAACCAUAUCCCAGAAGGUCAAGUGAGCUCAGCAUUUCUUCUUACCACCAUCAGCAGCCCCAUGGCUCUCCCUGGAGAAAACAUAGUUCCUCUUUCGUCAACCAUAGCUGAAGCUGGGGAUGUCACUAUUACUGGGACAGAUAGCACUCCUACAUGGCAAAGCACACACUCUUCUUCAACUACUAUAACAUCAUCUAAGGAUACCCCCAUGACCAAGAACACGAGAUCAGCUUCCCCCAGGACUGACUCCAUGCAUCUAAUUUCCAGCACAAAGAUCACAGACAUUGUUCCCUUUUCCCCUGUGGUCACUCUUAGCCAUAAGUUUCCACGAUCAGUGGUAAAGAGUAACACAGAUGCCCCAUUGACCACUCCUAAAUCUCCAGUGGUCUCAGACACUCAUCCUGGAGGCUCAUUGGUCACCUCUGCUGACUCAGCUGUCCUGGGGACAACAGCUCAUGGUGAGCCACAUGAUAUCUUAGAAAAAGGCUCAACACUUUCCCUGACCACUUUAACCACAGAGAUCACAAAAAGUACUAUUCCAUUUCCUACAAAUCUAGAAGAAAUUCUAAAAUGUUCUAAGACUAUGACUCCCAGACACACAGGCGCUUCCUCCCUGUGGCUAACAGUGACCACAGUGAGUCCUUUUCAUAUUGAAUUGGGUUUAGGUCUAGAUACUAUUUCCCAGGCUGAGCUGUCUGAAAUUCAAGGUCCACUAAUCAUCACUGAAUUCUCCCAGAAGAGUGAUGCAGGAUUCCCAUUGUCUUCUUCUGCAACUGAGGCAACUAGAGCAAGGACCAUAACAUCUUCCACUCUCAUCUCAGGAUUGGGGGAGAGCCAGUCUUCCAUAGGCAGCAUUUCAGGAACAGAGGCCAUCAGAGACUCUCCCACCUUGUUCUCUCCUUUAGAAAGCACCAGGACACAUGCCACCAGACCUGAGUAUGCAUUGAGCUCUGAACAAGCACUGUCCACUCUGCCAAUUAAGAAAUUACUUAAAAUGGUCACCAGCUCACUUACUUUUCUUUCCAAAAUGCCUUCUGAAGUCACUGCUUUGGCACGAAGGAUAAAUGGCCAACGGUUUGAAAGUCACAGCAUGUCUACCCUGGAGGCCAAUGAUGCCCUAGCAGUAGGCACUGGCCCUGCUGUGACCUUUAACUCUCCACUACCAAGCAUCACUGCUUCUAGCAGCAUGGAUGUAGAUGUGGAAACUGUGUCAACAUUAGCUCCCUGGACAGCCAGAUCCUCAUCACAAGUAGAAGCCAGUUCUCCCAAUCUGGUUGUCACCACAGGAGAUGGACCCUCCCUGGGAACAGAACCUCACAAUCCCAUCCACGAAUCUCUGAGCCCAGGACCAGGAUCCUUUCCUGCCUUAAGUACUCCCACAGCCUGCACAAGAACAGCUUCCCUUGAGGCUGCUACUUUACUGGAGGACCCAGAGCCAGCCAGCCUGAAUCCAGAGACUGAGAGAAACCCACAGGCAACACCAACUCCAGCUAUCACCCUGUCUCCAGCCAGCAUACUGGAAGUUUGCACAACAGCAUCUCCCAGUCCUCCUGACACAACCACAGAGGGCAGCAGUGUCCAGGCAGGCACAGCCUCUGUUUCUGAUCAAGUGCCUUCCACUUCCUGCCUCUUCCCCACAUCAGAGAGCUCCUACUUGAAGGUUUUCAACCUCAAAUUCACCAUCCUCAACCUGUUCUACACAACAGACAUGGGUCAAAGGGGCUCCAGCAAAUUCAACUCCAUUGAGGAUGUCCUGCAACCUCUGAUCAACAACUUGUUUAGAAAAAGCAGCUUUGGCCCUCACUAUUUUGGAUGCAGGCUGACUUUGUUAAGGUCUAUGAAGAAUAGGAUAGCAACAGGAGUGGAUGUCGAAUGUGCUUAUCAGGAAGAUUCCUCCACCCCUGUCCUGGACCGAGAGAAGAUUUACUGGGAGCUGAGUGAACAGACCCAUGGAAAAACAAGGCUGGGACCCUACAUUCUACAUAAGGAAAGCCUUUAUGUGGAUGGGUAUACCCAUCAGAUACCAACCACCACCACAAACACCUGGAGACCCAGUCUAGAGGCUUUCACCCUGAACUUCACCAUCACCAACCUGCUGUACACAGAAGACAUGGGGCAGAAGGAUUCCAUCAAAUUCAAGUCCACUGAAAAGAUUCUUCAGAAUAUGCUUGGCCCUUUGUUUGAGAACAGCAGCCUUGGUUCCAGUUAUUCCAGGUGCAAACUGACUUUCCUAAGACCUCUGAAGAAUCUGACAGUGACUGAAGUAGGUGUCAUCUGCCUCUAUCAGAGUGAUUCCACUGGUCCCUUCCUGGAUAGAGAGAGGGUUUACUGGGAAUUCAGCAAUCAGACUGGGGGCAUCACUAGACUGGGGCCCUAUACCCUCGACAGCAACAGUCUCUAACUCAAUGGUGAGUAAGCCCACUCAGGACAUGACUCUUGAAUCUUCUCCUUGAUUUUGUCCCUGUUUGGAAAAUAGACAUUCUGCCCAAAUUCUUACUCCAUUUUCCUCUGCCCACUGUAAGGUAAGCACAGCAGAGAAGCAGGGGACCCAAAGAAACCAGGUGAAUCAAUUAAAUCAGAACCCUCUCUGUCUCUGACUGUCUGUUUGUCUUCUCAUUUCUUGCUUUCUCUAGGUUAUAACCAUCACUUACAAUCUUCCACCUCUAGUAAGUAUUCAUCAACUUCAUGUCUCUAUCUAUCUUCCUGUGACCUGGAAGAAGAAACAAUUGAUAAUCCUACCAAUCCUAUUUACUCUGUUUUUUUUUUGAAAGGGAAGGGAUAGAAGGACCCAAGGGAUGGCCUGUGGUCCCUCAGAAUUUUAAUCCUCACAUUCCAUGGACUACUUAUUUACCAAGCCCAGCAAGAAUCCUUUUCCCCAUAUUCCAUAUUCAAACAUAAUUUUUCUGUGACAUUCAAAUAGCUUUUCCAAGGUUUUCAUUCAAACACCAGUUUGGCAAGGGAAGCCAGCUCGUCAUGGAUUUUAAAGGUCAGGCUAAGGAAUUUUCAUUUAUUACCAGAGGGGAGAGAAAGCUACUAACAACCAAAAAUCCCCUUUCCUUUCUGUCUUGGAAUGACUACUAAAUAUUGGUUGCAAAUCAGAAGAUUUUGGUAAGGACUCUGCAACUGGAGUUAAGUGACUUGCCCAGGGUCACAUAGCUGACACAGAAUCCUGGUGUAGGACUCUUUAGAAGAAGUGAUUGAAAAGUUGUAUAAUGUGUUGAAAAGAUAAUUUAAAUGUAAAUAGUUGCAGUGUAGAUCUCAUUCACUGUUAAGCUUUCAGAGGCAGCAUGGUAUAGUGGGUUA